ACGAUACCGGUCAACGAUAAUUUCGUUGUUAACCUCUACCACGGAUUCGAAUACGUUGUUACGCCGCACGUUGCGGACGAUAGUGGCCAUGUGUUUGAUUCUUACUCAGCUGACCAAGGUCUGACAGGAUAAUUCUCCAGUAAGCUUCAAAGAUGAAAACAGAAAAGAAGCCCAGCGAACCAAGCUGCGUACCAACUACUGUUGUCAAAGAGGAGCCUGACACAGAUCCAGUGAAGAUCAAGGAAGAGGGUACCGGAGCCAACAAUGAUGAUACAACUGGAGAAGAUACCACAGAAUGUCCUAGGGAUCCUUGUUUGGAUCCCUCUAAUGGGGAGGGUACAUUGUCAGGGGAGAAUCAAAAUAGUAGUGCAAAUCAGCCAAUUCUAAACUCAGUGAAGCAAGAAGGUGAUCAUAAUAAUCCCACGGAUGAUAUACCUGAUUGCAGUGGUAAUGUGAUUACUGCAGAUGGUAUUCAGCCAUUAGUUAGUAAUGUUCUUGGAAAACAGAUGGGAACUAGUACAGGAAGUGGUGAAGCUCAAUAUAUGCAACAACAAAGUCAAAUUUUUGUAUUUUCUACAACAUUAGCAAAUAAAGGUGCAGAUGCAGUGUUGCAAGGGCAAUAUCCAUCGAUUAUUGCUUAUCAUUGUGCACAGCCUGGCACUAAAAAAUAUUUAGAGAAGCAUCCAAACAAAGUAAAUCAAUUCCGUCAAAACCCUGCACAAUGGUUAAAUAAUCUUGCAAUGAUGAAGCAAAAAGGUCACCAAGGAGGUGCAAACAAUACUUUUCAAAAUGAGCAACCUCCUGAUCUACCAGCUCUUGACCCUAAUGCUCCGCCAUUCUGGAAUGAACAACCUAAUCUAAGGAACUUAAAUGGUGGUAAUACCCUUGGUAAUUCUGAACCAUCAUUGGAUGAUGCAAAUAUUGAUGUGCCUUGCCUUGUACCAAAUUCACCUGGUAAUACAGCAAAUCCACAACCUCCUAAUAGUACUACAAUGGGCCAUAGUCCCAAUUUAUUAGGAGGUACUACCAGUCCAGGUCCAGGCAGUUUACAGCCAUCACUGCAAGGUGUGAAAGUUCCAGACGAAAAUUUAACCCCACAACAAAGGCAGCAUCGAGAAGUUCAACUAGCGACCAUAAGGAAAAUGCAAAUGAUGUUAUUUCCUGAGCAUAAAGAAGAAUCUGGUAAUGCGUUAGACACAACGCAAGGAACAGCGGUAUCAACGUGUCCUCCAACGAAUGUUCCUUCAGUUGUACCAACUCAGUGUCCUCCAACUAUGGAUUGGCAUAAAUUACAACAUCAGUUUCUUGAUGGAAAAAACAAGACUAGUGUUGGAAGUCCUGGAACUGGCGUUCCAUUACGAGGUGCUAAUAUGGUAGGGGUUCCGCGUAGUCAAGGACCACCGCCUCCAUAUCAUCAAACAACCCGAUCCGCGAGUGUACCAAUUGCGAUACAAAGUCCAAAUCCUUCAUCACCUAACAAUCCAACCAGCAAUUUGUCACUACCGUCACCUCGUGCGAGUUCAGCCCUAAAUUCACCCGCAGACUGUAACAGACAGUUUCAACUUAGUAAUCAGAGAACAAGUCAUCUACCAGGACAAAGUCCGACUAGUCAAGAUUCACCGAAUCCAACAGUUGGAAAUGCAACGGCCGUAUCGACAACGAGACUUAAUCACAGUAAUCCAGGAACGCCUGUUUCUCAUUCGCACAUCUCAACGCUUAGCCCUAGUGGAACGACUGCUCAAAAAGACUCUGCUUUAGACUUCCCCACCAGUCAACCACCAAAUGUGGAUGGUAUGUUUUGCCGCACGCUGCAAUCCUUAGCCCAGCAAAAGCAGCAACACACCGGAGCGGUGAACGCAGCAGGUGUUAAGGAAGCGAAUCUGAUGCCGGUUCCGAGCCCUCAACAGAUUCAGUAUCUUAACACCUUCGAGGGACAGGAGUUAACUAUACAGAAGCAACCAAAUACAAGUCUGAAAGAUGGCAAUUUAUCCACAAACACGGCCAGCAACACAGAAAUACCGAACAGAAUUCUACCAGGAAGUUUGGACGGUAAUAAUCAGUUUCCAGCCAGAUCUGAGGGUGCGAGUCCAGUUCAGAUGGAUAGCAUGAAUCGUGGUUUCACUGGCUCCUUGCAUAGUCCACACACUCCGCAUACUCCGCACACACCUGGAAAUGGUGCUCCCCAUACUCCAGUAGAUCCUGGAAAACCAGGGAACAAGUCGAGCGCGAGUGCACAAAGUAGUCCAGCGCCGCAUAAUACAAAUAUACCGGACAGUAUGGGUCCUCCAAGAACAGUACCGGCAUCACCUACUACGAAACCUGACACAUCUCCGCCAUCGACAAAAGAUACUCAACAGCAACAAAGUCAGUCUCAACAACAGCAACAGCCUCAGCAGCAACAGCAGCCACAACAACAACCACAACAGCCACCUCAGCAACAACAACAGUCUACAGUUGCGAAUCAAAGUAAUUCUGGGAACUCAACUGUGGUGCCUCCUCUAGGAGGUCCAAGCGCCUCCUUUCCCUGCGGAAGACCGUCUAUAAACGUGAGUCAACCUUCAGACAAUGUGCCUCUAAAUCCCAACAAUAUCGGAGGGCGACUCGGCAGUUUAACCGCGAUGAGUACAAAUCACUUCGAUCCCAUCACCUCUUUGGCCCAGAUGAGCCAGCAGCUCACUAACACGGCAGCCAGCAAUUCACUAGGCAACGAAGGACCUAUUCACUCCGGAAACACUGGGAUGAUGCAGUUUGGUAAUCCCCACGGCAUGCAUAUGAUGCAAAUGGGAGGCGAGAUGAACGGAAGCUGUCACAUGGGUGGCCCAACCAGCGAACCGGGCGAAGUAGGAGGAAUGUGCAUGGGUCUUGCAGGACCACCGACAAGCUAUAGUCCGACUACUUCGCACACGGGAAGUCCCGGAGUACCUAGCAAAAUGGGACAUCCUAUAAUGGGUCAUGGUAUGAUGAGUAGCCAUUCUGGUAACGCCGGUAGCGCGUAUCCAGGCGGUGAUCCUCACGCACCACCACCUAGAUUAAUGACUGGACACGUAACUGGUCCUAGUCCUUACAACGGAGCGAACGUUCAAGUAAAACCUAGUGCUCCUAACACUAUACAAUACCUACCAGCGAGGCCCAACGUCGGUCACACACCUAGAGGGCCUCCAAGCUUAGACUUCCUUCAACGAUUCACCAAUCCCCUGUCUAAUUUAGAGUCAAAGAUGGGCACACCAUCUGUAAAUCUCCAGUACUUCCCGAAUGGUUGCGUACCUAAUAGUAUGGGCCCGCAUAGCGGUAUGCCAUCGACUAUGAGCGGCGGACUUCCCGGCAUGGGUGGCUCACCGAGGAUGGACGGGCAAUCGAUGAACACAUCGGUCGGUGUACAUCCCUCGAUGAGACCAGUGGGCAACAUGAGACCUCAGCCUAAUCUAAUGCGAAUGCAGCACAUGGUUGGCGGUGGUGUCUUUCCAGGCGGUUCGAUGGACCCGGAUAAAGUCUUCCCACCUGACAUGGUGUCUCAAGUUCCCAACCAACCGAACCCCGGCAUGUACGUAUCCGGCAGUAAGGGCAGCCCUAUGGGACUGGGUCCGCCACCGGAUGCGACUCAACCAUUACCUCCGAGCAUGGGUGGUGCUACUAGUAAUUUCAAGAACAGCCCGUUCGUCGGUAGUGGGCCAAGCAUGUCUGAUCCGAAUUAUGCUCAACAAUUCCACAACUUCCAGCAACAACUGUACGCCACCGGGACGAGGGGUAGCGGACCACCGCAUCCUAACCUCCAUCCGCCGCCGAACUCGCAUUCGCAUCAGCAGUUCUUCAUGCCGAAAUAAAAAAAUAUCGCUUGAUCGAGAGAAUCGAUGUAUCGCGACGGCGAUUAUUUACGAUCGUGGUGGCCUUUCCGUAUCCUUUUUUCAACGAGUUGCGUUUUAUUUGCCUCCGAGGACAAUUCUGAUUGAAUUCAUGAGAAUGGAACAUAUGCACACAUAGAGACACACACAGAGAUACACACGUUUUUCGGAGAAAUGUAAAGGUUUAUAAAAUUAAUGCGCGAUUAACUUGUAAAGGACAGAUACGAUGUCGAAUUUGUUAAGG